AUGCCAUCAUUCAGAGAAUUACAUCAAAUCAGGCUCAGUAACUUUUCUAUUACAGAUCCAUGUGAUAAAUUAGGUCAUAUUUCGAAUAUUAAUCAUACUUUCGAAUUUCAGAAGCCAGACGAAUACCAAGAAUGGAAAGGCCUCUUUAAUUCUCCAGCUACAAUAAAGCCAAUUCUAGUAUUAUGUAGCCCCCAGAAUCCACGACCAACUUACACUCUCAGUAUCAACUAUACAAAUCCGAAUACACUAUUAGAUCUCAGAUGGAUUCCAUCGUUAAUUAUUAAGCCAGUAGCAAUAUGCUUAUUUGCGCUCGUAUUUCUAUUCAUGUUCUUUAAUAUUUUCAAAUUCCAAAAGAAUGCAUCUCGAUACAAUAUCUUAGUUAUGAUAAGUACAUUUUUUAUUCUCCUUUACACAAUAUUUUCUUAUUUACAACUCAAUCACGAUUAUUAUUCUGAUAAACACACUCCUUUCCGCGAACUCUCAAUCACAAGCUACUUUGUUGGCCGUGUCUUGAUAUUUAUGGCAGUGUUACUUGGUUCAAACGGCUGGGAGAUUAUAAAUACAGAAUAUUCGAAAAUGUACAUUUUUAAGACUGCAGUUCUCUCUAUUAUAUUAUUUGCAUCAUCAGCGUUGAAUGCUAAUGUAUACCUUGCUAAUUAUGCUUUCGCAUUUCUCAUUUUUGUCAUUUUAGUUUUAAUUAUUUUGACAAAAAUGAUAAUUGUCAAUAUAAACGGUGUUGAACUCGAAAUCAAAGGUCAUCUCUAUGUCAUCCAUGAAAGAGGCAUAGAUCCUUCCACUACACCUGUUUUCAAGCAAUUUGUUACUUAUCAUAGAUAUAAGACAGUUAUUCUUAUCUAUAUUCAUUUUGUAUUUGCAAAUACAUUGAUUAGUUGCAUUGCCGACGAAAUUCCUUAUUGGCUUUCAGAUUUAAUCAAUGAUUUCGCUGAUCUCUUCAUUUCCUUUGCAUCAGCCAUUCUUUUCGUAUCAAUAAAGAAUGUUUCAUCAGGUUAUUCCAACAUUGAUGCACAGUCUGUAUAUCUUGAAGAUAUACAAGAACUGGGAAUCGAAAAUGACGUCUUCCAAAACCAUAAUUUAACUAAAUGGGAAGAUGGAAUGGAGCUUCCUCUCAAACCACAAUUAAUCAAUAAAUCUAAUGAACAUGAGUCUUCCGAAGGACAUCCUCAAAAUGUUGAUGGGGAGUUUGAUACAUCCAUGUUAUAA